UAUUGUGGCAGCUAAAAUGAAGAACUACUGCAUUUUUCUUGCGUAAUGAUACAGCGCCUCACGCCACUACAGAGAGGUAGUGAGCCCAAUUCAAAACAAUGUGAUAGGACACCAAUCUGUACUGACUGGGAAACAAGAACAAGCAUAUCAUCAACUACGAAUAAACAACCAAAUUAUCUUGUGUGAAUGAGGAGGAGGAGGGCAGGUGGCAGGCAGGGAGAGGUCCUUUGGUGAUCGGAUGGAGCCCGUCUGUGUGGCCAUGGGUGAUGUGUCGAAAAACCCAUCCUCUCGGAGCGUGGCUGUAGAGAGGAAGAACCUCAUCACCGUGUGCAGGUUUUCGGUUAAGACGCUCUUAGAGAAAUACACGGCUGAGCCCAUUGAUGACUCAUCAGAGGAGUUCAUCAAUUUUGCGGCCAUCUUGGAGCACAUCCUCAGCCACCGCUUUAAAGGCUGUGGAAGCUGGUUCGAUGGCCAAAGAAGUUUCUGGGACUUCAUCCGACUGACUUGUGCCAAAGUGCCCAACAGCUGCAUUCACAGCAUCGAGAGCAUGGAAAAUAUCAGCCCCUCACGAGCUAAAGGCCGAGCCUGGAUGAGAGUUGCCCUGAUGGAGAAGAGGUUGUCGGAAUACGUCUCGACUGCAUUGAGGGACACCAGGACCACAAGGCGGUUCUAUGCAGAGGGCGCCAUCAUGCUAAGAGAAGAAGCCACCGUGCUAACUGGGAUGCUAAUAGGCCUCGGAGCUAUAGACUUUAGUUUCUGUCUUAAAGGGGAAGCCUUGGAUGGCAAAUCCUCUGCAGUUGUUGACUACACGCCAUAUUUGAAAUUUACUCAAAGCUACGAUUACGUGAGUGACGAUGACGAUGACAGGCGGAGCAUCAACAGCAGCACGAGCGAUGACAGCGCCCCCGAGCAUCCGUACGUCCCCCUAGUCCCCGAUGAGGAGAGCUGGAGCACCAAGUGUCGCAAGAUGGAGCAGAGGUUCAAGAUUGUCAAUGCGCAGAAGAGUUACUUAGAGGAGCUGGUGCAUCUGCGUGAGUCUCAGCUGAAGAACACUGAGGCGGAGAACAAGAGGCUCAAAGCCCACCUAGAAGCGCUCCACGGCCAGAGCCAGCAGGAGAAGAAGGAGCUGGAGGACGUCGUCCUGGAGCUUCAGGAGCAACUAACAAGUUUGAUUCCAUGCGAUACCAGCCACUUGGCCAAAGACCUAGCCAUCCCCUUAGUGAACCAAUGGCCUCUACUUGAGCCCUACAGCAGCCAGGAUGAUGUCAAGCUCUUCCGCAGGAGGAGUUUUUCCAGCACAGAGCUGCUUUCAGUGGAGAUCAGCCUGGAUUCAGACCCCCCAAGGAUGGAAGGGAAGCAGAACGGAGGCGCCUGGUGCACAGAAAAGGCCUACACCCCCUCCCUGAUGGGACUUUGUGGCUCCUUAGGUUCCUUUCCUAGCUGCAAGUCUCUCUCAAGCCUCAAGUCCAGUGAGUGCCUGGUGAACAUCAGCACUGACAACAGUCCUGCACUCUCUCCCAGCUAGGGGGCGCCAAAGCCAACACUUUACAGAUAAUACAGCUUGAAACAAAAAACCUCCAUUAUCUGGAUGGACGCUCUUCUUUUGGCCCCUCUUCCUUUCUACACUCCAAACAUGUCUUUACUUUGUCUUUGUGAAAGAGUCCAAAACAAGCUGUUGUACUGCCUCUCAUUAUCAUACAUAUGUCUUCAAUGUCCAUGGUCAAAUGGACACUAUUGUUGUCUACAUACACUUCUUAUCAUCUUUCCACUUUAUCUCUUUAUUUUGACAGUUGCAUAAUAGUAGCAGUGCAGGAUAGAUGAGCUGGUCAAACCGAUAAAGUACUGCGAUGAUGUCAAACAAAACAAUAUACUUCCUUGAGAGUUUAGUUUUGAUUACUAAUGAAAGGUGAAGGAUGAAUGUUUACACGUGAAUGUCCAAAGUGUGUGUAUCCUCAUUGUUUAACCUGCUCGUUUUUUUAUUAGAUUGGAUUUUAUUACACUAUUAUCAAUUUAUUUAACGGGUCAGCAUCAUGCAGUCCUGUAAUUGUUGUAGCGAAAGCUAUUAGGGGAUGUCUUGACGUAUUUAAAUGCAAUAAA